CGAUGCACCACAGCAUUCAAAACUACUACUGAUCUGCCGACCCGUUAUAUCGCUCGACCCCAUUCUUUGGCUCCAAAUGACCUUUGUUGAACGUGAUCGAUGUCUACGAUGGCGCCUUGGCUGGCUACCCAAUAACUACUCAACCAGUUGCCUCUGGCAUCCAACGCGUACACUUACAAAAGCCCACGUCAUUGACUGUAUUAAGAUACACAACCGCUUACAGCUUCCCCACACCAUAUCUGACCCCAUCUUUUUCUUGCUGAAUUUGUUACCCACCAGUCCUUCAAGGCAGCACAAAAUACGGUGCCACGCUUGGACACUUCGAUGGCCCACUCUGCAGCUAAUACUAUUUGAAGUUGACUACCUCCAACAUAAUAAAGAGCCUCCAACACCGCCAGAAAACCUAGGACAGCUACUCUUAGAUUGGAUGUAUGCGCCCGCGAUAAUUACACCUUGAUCGUUCUGUUAUUCCCUAGUUUGCCUCUGGUCAUCUUCCUUCCCGGGCAAUUUUAGUAGCCCGAUGCAUCCGAGCCAUCCUAUCAUUACCAGAAUAAAAACAAGCUUUCCUAGUUUUCACUUAAUUUUUUGUUGAAAUAGUCCUUCAUUAUGUCGUCAAAAAUUGAACGUAUUCAGCAGCAAAGGAGAAGUCUUCCUACAUUCGAUUAUAAAUCUGAGCUAAUAGACGCCAUUCGAGAAUACGAUAUUCUUGUGAUUAUCGGUGAAACUGGCUCU